GGCGUCGCGCGGCUUCCACCAGUGGCGGGCGAGGGCGGGGCGCGCGGCGCGGCGGGGAGGUAUAAUGGUGUCGGGCGGCGCGGCCUGGCACUUGUUGGUGAACGCUUGGUCGUGGCGGCGAGUGAGUGAAGAUGAGUCUGGUCGGCGGGUACUCGAUGCCGCAGAGUUACGGUCACGCCGCCAUGGGAGGCACGGCGCCCUCCCCGGAGGCGCUGUACUCUCCGUACUAUUCCCAUCCUAGCCCGCCCGCCCAGGCCCUCUACCCGGGCUGGGGCUACUCCGCCUCGGGCUACUCCUCGGGCUUCCCCCCCGAGGUGGCGGUGGCGUGCCCGGAGUACGGCGUGUCGGCGGGCUUCGUGGUGGGGCCUGGCUCGCCGCACGACCUGGGCGGCGACUACACCAUCGAGAUGGUGGACGGCUGCGGCCGCGUGGUGAAGCGGCGCUCCUCCGCCAACAAGAAGGAGCGGCGGCGGACGCAGAGCAUCAACAACGCCUUCGCGGAGCUGCGGGAGUGCAUCCCCAACGUGCCCGCUGACACCAAGCUGUCCAAGAUCAAGACGCUGCGCCUCGCCACCUCCUACAUCGCCUACCUCAUGGAGGUGCUGCACGGCGACGACGGCGGGGCCGCGCCCGCGCCGCCGCCGCCUCCGGGACCCUUCCCGCCCGCAGCCGCCGCAGCCGCCGCAGCAGCCGUCGCUGCCCACCAGCAGGCCGCCACCAACACCGCCGCGCCCCACCAGGCGCCGAGCAGCACGGUGGUCGCCGCCUCCACACAGUCACCCGACAACGACAAGGUGACCCCCCCGCCCACCGCCACCAGCCCGGAGCCGAAGAGAGGACGCACAGGCUGGCCGCAGGAGGUGUGGGCGCAGGAGCUCAAGAAGUAGACCCACGCCCAUGUCACCCACGCCCACACCCACGCUCGCCAUUACUCAUAUUUACACCCACGGUCACCCAUACUCACUUCACGCUCAUCCAUUCACCCAUUAACACCCACACCCACCCACAUCUACGCCCAUCUCACCCACGCCCUCAAAAACUCAUACCCACGCCUGUUUUAGUUCUCACUCACCCAUUUUCACCCAUGCCACACCCACCUACACCCAUCUCACCCACACCUUACCCACGCCCGCGCUCUUAAAACCUGAUACCCACGAUUGUCAUUACUCAUACUCACCCACACUCAUCCAUACUCACCCACAUUCAUCCAUACUCACCCACACUCAUCAAUACUCACCCAUACCCACACCACCUUCACCCACGCCCACGCUCUUAAAACCUGAUACCCACGCCUGUUAGUAGCUCCUUCUCACCCAUCUUCAUCCAUACUCACCCACGCUCAUCCAUUCACCCACACCUCACCCGUCUCAUUUCACACCCAUGCCCACUAUAGUUCAUGCUCAUCCACGUUCACCCAUAUACCCAACCCACGAUCCUCAGGUCACCCAUUUACACCCACACUCAUCUACACCCAUCUCAUCCACACCUCAUCCACGUCCAUGCUCUUGAAACCUGACACCCACGCCUUAUAUUACCUCAUCCUCACCCAUUUUCACCCAUGGUCAUCUCAGGUCAUCCACUUCAAGUCAUUCCCUAAAUCACUUCACAUCCCUUGAGUCAUGUCAUUUCAUAAGUCAUAAGUCACUUCACGUCAUCAUCAUCAUCAUCAUCAUCAUCAUCAUCAUCUUCAGGAGCUUCACGUCUGUACUUCGUCGGAUGAAAAUGAGAGUCAGCACACGAAGCAGCACCACCACCACCACCACGUCAGCACCCACUCAGCAUCUCCGCAGCACUCAGCAGUAAAGAUCAAUCAGCGCUUCAGAAUUCAGCACUUCGAGUAUGGUCAGCACCUACCCAGCACUACUUAGAUAUCAACUCAGCACUUCAGUCAGCACCUCUUCAAUCAACUCAGCACUUCAGUCAGCACCUCUUCAAUCAACUCAGCACUUCAGUCAGCAUCUCUUCAAUCAACUCAGCACUUCAGUCAGCACCUCUUCAAUCAACUCAGCACUUCAGUCAGCACCUCUUCAAUCAACUCAGCACUUCAGUCAGCACCUCUUCAAUCAACUCAGCACUUCAGUCAGCACCUCUUCAAUCAACUCAGCACUUCAGUCAGCACAUCUUCUAUCAACUCAGCACUUCAAAUAUGGUCAGCACUUACUCAGCGCUCCCCAGACAUCAUUCAGCACUCCAGAACUCAGAUCACCUCAGCACUCACAUCUUCAGCACCUCAGACGAGAACCUCAACCAAGAUCAAUUUAAAGCUGAAGGAUAAGUCAGCAUAUUAGUCAUUCAGCACUGGAGUAAUCAGCACUCAGCAUCUUAAUUCAGCACUCCAGGGAAAACAAGCACUUCAGGACGACUUUUUAGACUUCAGACAACUAUACUCAGCACUCAGGCAUAUAAGUCAGCACCCCACAACUCAGCACCCAGAUUCAGCAUUGCAGCCAAACUCCAGCCUCACAACCCAUUCCUUGCUCAGCACUUCAAGUUCACUCAGCACUCAAGCGUAUAAAUCAGCACCCCACGACAGCUCAGCACUCAGAGUCAGCACUACAGCCAAACCCUGCAGUAAGAAUUCUUAGCGCUCAAGAACAGAACUCAGCACCACGAGUCAGCACGCCAACCAAACCCGCACAUUAUCUUAUGACUACUCAGCAAUCAGCACCACAAACAAUGGCGUGAUGACGAAAUACAGUGACGAUACAGUGAAGAAAAACUACAGUGACGCGCUAUAGUGGUGGAUAAUACGUAUGCUUCGAUAUGGUGAAGUCGGGGGUGAAGUGUGGUGUGGGGUAAAGAAAACGGGAACAUAUACAUAGUGUACUUAACCCACUUACACGCCGUUCACGCUAACUUGGCGAAUAAGCCCCGCCCUUUACACCCCCAAAGUGACGGAUAUGAGCACCCAGGCCACGCGUAGUUUUAGCCUAUGCCUCUAACUUAACCUUCUCCCAGCAUCCACCAAUCACAUGCAGCCACA